GCUGUUAACUUAACAUAAUUCGCUGCUUCUUUUUUGUCCGUCCCGUGGACUUUUCUCCAGAGGAUUUUGAUUCCAAUUCGCAAAAGAAAAACAAAAAUAAGGCAACAGAUCGCGCGUUGGCCAACAGCUUUAUAGCCAGUGUGUGAUAUAUAGUUGGAAAAACCGCGGAAAAACGAAACAACGCAGCAGGAAAGUCGCGCCUCCGCCUCCCCACUACAAAAAAAAAGAUCUCGGAUCGCACAGGGUUUUUAUUUUGGGCAACCACACUUGUUCUAGUGGGUGCUACGGAUUUGUCCACAUAUAGAGACUGCCCAGUGGCGUCGCGUCGCUUUGGAUUAUGUCAUUUGUUUACGGGGAAUUGCCGCAGGCCCAGUAGCCAAUGUUGCAUCCGAAAGAGGCAGCGAAAACCUGUAAAAAUGUAGACUGUGUGCGUGUGUGUGUGGGCCAGUGCUAGUGCGUGUGUGAGUGUGUGCGUCCGUGUGUGCGUGUGUGAGUGUGCGGAUAAUGGACGUUUAGUUUUUAGUCGUGGCCGUAAAGAUAUAUAGCUAAAUAGAUAUAGCCACAAGAUCCAUAGAGAGCAAUAUAUGUGCACCGAAGCUAACCAAUGGCCACCUUCAAUCCUGGGGCCAGCAGCAGUGCCGCCGAUGUUUUGAGCGCCACCACCGCAACGGCUACUUUUUUGGUGCCUACAACUUCAUCUGUAUCGCAUUCUGCUGCUCAUCCUGCCCAGCUACAUCUGGACCAGUUUGGAGGCUUCUCUGCGACAGCAACGGCUCCUCCCCUGCAACACCAUCACCACCAGCAGACGAACUCGUCGUACACCUUUGUACAGAUUAAGAGGGAACCCUGUCAGGUGUCCGAGAUUAGCUCCAACAAUUGCCAGCAACAGCAGCAGCAGCAACAGCAUCAGGUGCAUCAUCAGGGCUUAUCCUCCGCCUCGAUGACCGCCUCCUCCAAGACCAUGUCCUCCUCCACUCUAACCACCCUCGUUAAAAUAGAGGCGCCGUCGCCGAAGGUCUCGGAACUUGAAAAGUCCUCAGGCAACUCUGUCCCCAUUGGCAUCGCCGUGGCCAGGAAACGGCCGCAGGAAGCCCUGGUGCCGGCUCUAAACACCCCCGCUACGUUGCCUCUGCAGCCAACACUUAACAAGGACAUGAACUGCUUUGGCAUACGCGUCGCUGACCUGGGUGCCACAAGUUGCGGCAAUUUGUACUUUACGGGCAACGGAGACCUGAUGACCACCGGCACAGCCACCGCAGAGGAACUGGCUCUAAGUGCAGCAGGUGUGAACCGAGCACCCUCCACCUUCUGGCAGUAUCCAAAUGCAUUACCCAUUGAAUCAGUGAUUUCCAUGUCGCCCGCCACGGUGGGCCUUCAGUACUCGCGGGAGGCCAGUCGCGGACAGGUGGUGCUGCUGCCGGCCGGCCCAACAGCGCUCGCAGGCAUAUCAAAUUUUCCCCUCUUAACGCCCACAGAUCCGUUCCAGCAGGCAGCGGCUGCGGCGGCCUUCGUCUGGCCCUCGGCCUACAUCCCCCAGGCGCCGGCACCUGGUGGACACUCUGCUGCUGCUGCUGCUGCCGCCGCCGCUGCAGCUGCCUCACUGCAGCCGACGCCGAAUUUGUCCAGUUUGCCCAACUUCAUCUUCCCUUCGAUGGGCGGUCACCAGGCGCUGAACACUACAACACCGUAUGCCUCCACCCUGCAGUUAUACUUGGCCGCCGCGGCUACUGCGACUGGCAGCUCGACGAUGUGCCAGCACAGCAAUCAACAGACCAGCACCACCACAACUAACUCCACCAUCAACCUGAGUCUGGCCGCCGGUUCGGGAGUAACGCAAAGUGGGAAUGCAGCCAGCAGCUUGAGUUCCAGCAGCAGUCUAAGUGCGAGUAGCUCUCGUUUUCUUAGCUUGGCCACUGGACAGCCUGGAAUCCCAUCACUCCUUUCCCUGCCGCCACCAGGAAUGAAGGAGGAGUACUCCAUGCCUUUGGCAUUACCACCUCUAGUGCCGCUCGAGGCGGCGCGGGAUAAGGAACAGGCUCUGAACCUGAUGCGCUUGCCCACGCCGCCCACCUCGGCCACUAUGGAGCCGUCUUCCUUAGGUCAUGCAACACCCCAUCACCUCUUCCAGUCGGGUACCAUGGCUACGCCAACGCCGGCAUUGCUCAACCUUUCGAUGCAUGGCAACGGUGGAGAGUUGCCCGCUGCUAUGCCUCUGCCGGCGGCUUGUGAUGAAGCAGCGCUGAACUACAAAUUGCAUGCACCGCUAACGCCGCAGACACCACCCCGCCUGGCGGAAAUUCCGGUGUCGGGAUCAACACAACUUUUACCGCAAAUGCAGGAUGUCAAUAUACAGACAGACACGCCUGUUUGCAGUGAAGACGAAAGCGUUCCGGGUCCACCGAAGCCACAGGAAUCUGCAGUGGAAUCCCUUCCACCUCCUUCCCUUAUUCAGCCUCUGGAACUUACCAAGCCCAGUGAAGCCAGCCAUACCCAGCCGACCGAGUGCCAUACCCAGACCGAACCCAGUGACAUACCCAGUGCCAGCCAGGAGGAGUCGGCCGAGCAGACUCCCCAGGAACCCAUAGAAAUGAUGUCCCAAGCCACGCAGGCUGAUCAGGCAGCCCCUGAAGAUUUGACCGGUCUGGAACUGCUCUCAAACAUUAGCACCAAUAGUAAGCCUUUGGUGCGAGUAAAGCAGGAACCUGUAGAGCAUGUGGAACAGCCGCCACAGGUGCAGCCUUUGGAACUUAUGCCCCGAGAACCUACGCCGCCCAUUCUGGAAAUGGACCCUACGCCUGCGCCGGAACCUCUGGGAGGUCUCAAGCUUCUGUGUGCCCUGGCCGAGCAACGCAUCCAGGAGGAGGUUGUCCAGGGCAGCAGUCUUUUUGCUACUCCCUCGUCGCGAACGCCUACACCAACGCCGCAGACUCUGAACACGACAGCAACGACGCCGCCUGUCUUUGAGGCCAAGUCCUGUUUUGCUUUCGGACAAUCGCAGGGAUCCGUCUUCCCUUCCUCUUCCUCCUCCUUUCAGAUGCCAUUAAGCUCGCCCGGUUUUCCCUCGAUGCAGGGCAUCGAGUUGCCAUCUACGUCGGCUGGUGCCGUGACAGAGCCUAUUCCUGUGAAGCGCAAGAAGCACAAACAUUCCAAGUCCUCAGGCAGCGAUAGCCGCAAGUCCGCACGUUGCAGUAAAAAGAGCAAGAAGAAGCGGCGCCAUAGCAGCAGCCGCCAGCAGUUGUCAUGUCAGGCCGAGGAGGACGUGGACCUGCAGGAUGAGCAGCUGCAGUCGGAGCUGCGCAAUGCCCUCCACGCCUUGGAUCCCAGUUACGCUCAGCGCUUUGGCCAGGAGGUGUUCAGCAUCAUGGAUAACAGUAUGCGUAUGCGACUGGCGGAUGUCACGCGGCAGUAUCGAAAGAAGAAGCGAAAGCUGGAUGAGAUAUCCAAGCACAAGAAAAAGAAGAAGUGCUCCAAGCAGCAGCUCCAACUGCAACAACAGCAGGCAGUCCAACAGGUGGCGCAGCCCACACCAGCUUUGCAACAGCCACAAAUGACUCUGUCCAGUGUCCUGGGUACUUCAUCACCGCUGCGCGACUACAAGUUCCCGAAGUUUUCGAGCAGUAACCUUCAGGCGUCCAGUUUCUUGAGAUUCCCGGAAAAGACGCACUCGUUCCCCCCACCGCCGUCCCUGCAACAACCCCAACCGGAUCCUAAUCCCUUGCCUACAAGCAGCUCACCGAGUACCUCGUCAUUUGUCCGUUUGGAGCCAAGUGCUCUGGACGCGGCCGUUGCCAUUGCACCAACUACCUCUGCGACUUCCGCUUCCUGUUCACCCUCCACAAAACAGGCGGCUUCUGCAGUGCGGAAGCAGCGAAAAAUAAAGGCCAUCGCCAGUGGUGCCGCUUCUGAGCAAUCUACGGCUACGGAGGCAAAACGUCGCGUUAGCGGCAUUGAUCGGGAACUGCAAUUGACCAGCGAGCACCUAUAUCGCGAUGAAACGCGAGUCCUUACCGACAUGGGUGGACUCUUCUAUGCGGGAGUGAUGAAGCCUUUGCGUCCACCGGAUGUAUACUCCAUCACAUUGGACGGCGAGCGCGGCAACAAGUCGCAUGUGAUGUCGCGCGAAGAUAUACUCAAGGAUACGAUCCUCGAGGUGGCGCCGAAGAGCGUGGAGAGUGUGCCAGUGGGCACACGAUUGUGUGCCUAUUGGAGUCAGCAAUAUCGAUGCCUUUAUCCUGGACGAGCCAUCGACUCCGAGCAGGUUGACGAUGGAACGAUCAGCAACGCAACGAAUUCGGCCACGACAGCGCCGGACUUUGUAAGCGUUGAAUUUGACGAUGGCGAUAGCGGCAGGAUCCGCUUGCAGAACAUCCGAUUGCUACUUAGCGAUUAUCCCAUAGCAGAGUACAACGAUAAUCCCCUCUACUCAGUAGGCAAGCAGAAGCGAAACGCUCUGCGCGGUGUAGAUGGUGGCCCCGGAGUAGUUUCGCAGGACCAUUUAAGUGUGCCCGGCUGCGAGGAUUCGCACAGUCAUCACAGCCUGGGGAUGAGUAGCGAUAAUACUACUUCGCUGACCGCCACAAUGGAGUUGUUCACGCAGCGCAGUGAGAAAAAGCGGCUGAAGAAAAGCCUAAAAAAGAUGUCCAAGGCUCACAAUGGCGUUAAUUCAGCCACGGCUACAAAUGGUGGAACAGAUCCUGCAGCAUCUGGCGAGGGUGUCAGUGCAGAGGAUGCUGCUCGAAAACACCACAAGCACAAGAAACGCAAGAAGCACAAGAAACAUCAUCGCAAGAAUGGUAGCGAGGAACCACAGGAGCAACAGGUAGUACAACAGGACUUUUCAGCGGCAACGCAAGAAGCAGCAGAGGCUCCAGCGACAGAAAUGUCAUCAGCACCAGCUCCAAUCGCAAAUCGCGUCAAGGUGGAGGUCAAAGUGAAGACCGAGCAGCUGGAGAUAGAAGAGGAAACCGCAUCCAAUCUCAUGUCAGAGAUAUCCGAUGAGGCCAAGGGCGACGAUCUGGUCGAGCAUAACAACUCCAAGGGAAGCAGCAAGAUAGCUGCUUUCCUGCCGGAACGGCAGCUAUGGGGUUGGUAUGGUACCGCCUAUCGCAAGGCGGGCGUCAAGGGACGCGCCAGAAAGCAAUUUUACAAAACAAUCAAAAGGGGAAAGGAGACUAUCACGGUCGGGGACAGUGCAGUAUUUCUAUCGACGGGCAGGCCAGAUCGACCCUAUAUUGGUCGCAUUGAGUCCAUGUGGGAAACGACCACGGGCAAUAAGGUGGUGCGAGUGGCGUGGUUCUAUCAUCCGGAGGAGACGACCGGCUGUCCAAAAUUGAAAUUUCCGGGUGCUCUAUUUGAAUCGCCGCACGAGGAUGAGAACGAUGUGCAGACCAUUUCGCAUCGGUGUGAGGUGCUGCAGUUUGGCAGUUACUUUGACAAAUUCGGUGCCGAUUCGAAGCAAUAUCAAUCCAUAUACGAUAACAAUGAUACAUAUUAUUUAGCCGGGCACUAUAACCCAAGGUUACAAGUGCUAAAACUACAAGACGAUAUUCCAACUCUCGAAGAGCUGCAGGAUACAAAUACUACUACUACUACUACUACUACAGAAACUACUACCGAGGAUUAAGUGCGAAAAAGUGAAUAUAGGCGUGGUUAGGCAUAGUGCAUACAGAUCUAUAUAUAUACAAUAUAUAUACAUUAUACAUAUAUUUUACUAUACGUGAAAAGAUGAUGCAGAUAUAUACCUAUAUGUAUACAAAUAUUAUUUCUAUAUAUUUUAAAUGUAUUAUGUAUUUCGAGAACUCAAAACAAAAACAAACAAACAAACAAAAAAAAAGGACACUGGCGAGAGAUAAAACAAGAGAGAGAACAAGGAACUAAGCAACAACCACUAAAUUAAUGUGUAGUUACGAGAAGCGCAAGCAAUUUUAAGUCUAAUUUUGUAAAAAACAAAACAAAACAAAAAUACAAACAGGAAAAAAGCGCUUUGA